AUGAAUGACACUAAUACCACAAAAGAUGAAUAUAUCAUGUCUCCUUCUAAAAUUGCUAUAAAACAAAAUUUCUCCCAAAUGGAUUACCACUAUGGUUGUUCUUGUUAUAUUGCUAAAUUAGAAGAAUCAAAAGAACAACAACGAUUAUAUUUUAAACCAGAAAAAGAAUAUGGUAUUGGAAGUCAUUCAUUAUGUUCUAUAAGACUAACACCAAAUGCUGAACCAUUAAUUGCAUUAUUUCAAGUUAAUUUAAGAGGAGAUGUAAGCAUUAAUCCACGGACAAAAAAAACAUCAAUUAAAAUCAAUGGAAAUACUAUUACUACAGCAACAAAGUUAAACAACUUUGAUGAAUUAGACAUAGGAGAUCUUCAUUUUCAAUAUAUCGUGUUCUAUGAAAAUAUUAAAUAUCAAAAUAAUCCUGAACUCAAAGAAAUAGAUCAUAAAGAUAUUAUUCGUAAUACAUUAACAAAAUUCUUUAUUAAUGAAAACUAUAAUAAUUCCGAUAUGUCUCCAUUUAUCCAAUCUGUUCAUUCUUCUUCUAAAAUAGAUGAAGCUCUCUCCCUCUGUCUUAAUAUAUUGAAAGAACUUACUCCAAAUCCUGGAAAUAAUAAGUUCAUUGGUCUUUUCAGGCAAAUGACUUCUCAAUUAUUUUGUAGUUCUUCCUCUGGUAUUGGAAUUAACUUAUCUUAUUAUGAAGCAGACAUAUAUAAUGUUACUAGGACAGUUAAAAAGACUCCAAGUCGUAAAAUAAACUUUGAUGAAAUGCAAGACAGUGAAGACCCUUUUGAAGCCUUUAAAAAGGCAAAUGAAAACAAACAAGAAAAGACUUUAAAGAAACCUCAAAUAACUGAUAAUUAA